AUGGAGAAAGCUGGGCCGGAUCUACAAGAAGUUUUCGCUUCUAUUCCCGGUGCGGAUGUGACUGAGGAUAAGGAAAAGAAUAUCGAUCCCUAUUCUGUUGCCAUACAGAAACUGGACACUUACUUCUCGCCCAAACAGCAUGAAACGUUUGAACGGAAUGUUUUCUGGACACUCAAGCCAAGCCAUGACGAGACAUUGGAGAAGUUUAUGUUACGUUGUCAGGAUCAGGCAAAGUGCAUCAAGUGCAAACGGGUUGGUCAUUUCGCUGCUCGUUGCCGAACAACAACAGUAAGGCGGAAGUACUCUGAGGAGCCUAGGCCAGGGCCCAGCCAAGGAUUCAAACGGCAACGUGUACAUGAAAUCGAAACAGCGGAGGAAAGAAAAGAUCAAAGCUUCAUAUUCUGUGUGAAUGAUGGAGAAGAAUUUUUGUGGCUGAGGCUUGGGGGAGUGACGUUGCAACUGCUAAUCGAUUCCGGCUGUAAGAAAAAUAUUAUCAAUGAGAAAGCGUGGGAGUAUACGAAGAACAAUGGCGUGAAAGUUUGGAAACUAUUAUUCGUUCUUGGAAAGUUCGAUGCACAAAUUUCGGUAGAAGAUAAUGGAAAGAUCAUCGAACAGAUUAAAGGGUUGCAGGUGGAAAUUCCCAUCGAUAAGAGCGUUGUUCCUGUGUGUCAACAUCCUCGGCGUCCUCCAAUUGCACUUUUGUCCAAAAUAGAGGAUAAAUUAACGUCUUUACUGAAUAGCGAUAUAAUAGAACCCGUCGUUGGUGGUUGCCAGUGGGUUUCGCCAUUGGUAACGGUGGUAAAAGAUAACGGCGAUCUUCGACUCUGUGUCGACAUGCGUCGGGCAAAUGCGGCUAUUUUGCGCGAACGCCAUAUUAUGCCUACGAUUGAGGACUUUCUGCCACGAUUUACAUCAGCUAAAUAUUUCAGCCGGCUGGACAUUAAGGAGGCCUUCCAUCAGGUGGAACUAAAAGAAGAGAGUCGUUACAUAACAACUUUCAUAACUCAUAAAGGUCUUUUCCAAUACAAACGGCUGAUGUAUGGAAUCGUCAUCGCUCCAGAACUAUUCCAGCGCAUUAUGGAGCAAAUUCUUAGCCGUUGUGAGAAUACUGUAAAUUUCAUCGAUGACAUUCUCGUAUUCGGAAGCACAGAGAAUGAACAUGACAUGGCGCUUAAGCUGGUUCUGUCGGUUUUGAAUGAACACGGAAUUCUGCUGAAUCAAGAGAAAUGUUUGUUCAAAGUAAACAGCCUUGAUUUUCUCGGACAUACUAUUUCGCCAGAUGGUAUAAAGCCUUCGAAUAGCAAAGUUGAAGCAUUGCAGAAAUUUCGUAUCCCAAAUACCACAGAAGAAGUCCGUAGUUUCCUUGGGCUCGUUACCUAUGUAGGACGGUUCCUCCCGAAUUUGGCGACGAUUACGGCUCCUCUUCGUGAAUUAAUUCGUUCCGGCAGUAAAUUUUGUUGGGGUAAGGAACAACAGGAGUCUUUUGCAAAACUGAAGGACUUGAUCAGUAAUGUUCAGCAAUUGUAUUUUUUCGACAAUACUCUCCGUACAAGAGUAAUAGCUGAUGCGUCUCCAGUUGCGCUGGGAGCCGUACUGGUUCAAUUUGAAGGUCCAACGGAUUUCCAGCCUCGCCCUAUCGCUUACGCUAGUAAAAGUUUAACGGCCACUGAGCGGAGAUAUUGCCAAACCGAAAAGGAGGCGUUGGCCUUGUACCGCAAAGGAUCAUCUCUAUCUCGCUUGUCGGUAAAUUCAACGCCCGAAACCUUCGAUCCGGAGAAUAAGUUCAUGGUACUGGCGGUAAUGGAAUCCGCUGCAAUCGAUGUGCAAGAACUGGAAAACACGACUAAUUCGGACGCAAUCUUGGGUAUUGUUAAACAAUGCUUGCGUUCCGGUAAUUGGGAUAAAGAUGAAGCUAAGCCGUUCUUACCCUUCAAGCAUGAACUUGGAUUUGUGGGUGAUAUGCUGGUUCGGGGAAAUAAGCUCGUUGUGCCGACAGCAUUGAAGACGAGGAUGCUCGAUAUCGCUCAUGAGGGACACCCGGGAGAAUCUGUAAUGAAGCGGCGUCUUCGCGAUCGUGUUUGGUGGCCAGGCAUGGAUAAUGACGCUGUGUCUCGUGUGAAAGCAUGUGAAGGUUGUCGUUUGGUUGGACUACCUAGCAGACCUGAACCGAUAAGUCGCCGUCCACUACCGUCUGGACCGUGGAUUGAUAUCGCGAUGGAUUUCCUCGGUCCGUUGCCUUGUGGUUCAUAUUUUCUUGUCAUCAUCGACUACUACAGCCGCUAUAAAGAGGUGGAAAUAAUGUUCAAAAUAACGGCCAGGGAUACAAUUAGUAGGCUUGAUCGAAUUUUUACUCGCCUGGGAUACCCUCGGACAAUAACCCUCGACAACGCCAAGCAGUUUAAAACGGUCUCGUCGAACGGCAAAAUAGAUCUCUCGUAA